GGUCAUGAAACGCGUGCGCACGGAACAAGUCCAGGUGGCAGUGUCCUGCUACCUCAAGCGCCGGCAGUACGUGGACUCAGACGGCCCCCUGAAGCAAGGUCUGCGACUCUCACAGACCGCUGAGGAGAUGGCUGCCAACCUCACAGUCCAGUCAGAAUCUGGUUGUGCCAAUGUGGUGUCUGCAGCUCCAUGCCAGGCAGAACCCCAGCAAUAUGAAAUACAGUUUGGACGACUGCGGAGUUUUCUCACAGACUCAGACUCCCAACACAGCCAUGAAGUGAUGCCUCUCCUCUACCCCCUCUUUGUCUACCUCCAUCUCAACCUGGUCCAGAGCAGCCCAAAGAGCACUGUGGAAAGCUUCUACAGCCGCUUCCAUGGGAUGUUCCUGCAGAACGCAAGCCAGAAGGACGUCAUUGAGCAGCUGCAGACCACUCAGACCAUCCAGGACAUCCUGUCCAACUUCAAGCUCCGGGCAUUCCUAGACAACAAGUAUGUGGUCCGUCUCCAAGAAGACAGCUACAAUUACCUGAUCCGCUACCUCCAGAGUGACAACAACACUGCCUUGUGCAAGGUCCUCACUGUGCACAUUCACCUGGAUGUGCAGCCUGCCAAGAGGACAGACUACCAGCUCUAUGCCAGUGGCAGCUCCUCCCGCAGUGAGAGUAGCGGCCUGGAGCCUCCAGAGAUGCCCAGCCCUAUUCUGCAGAACGAAGCUGCCUUGGAGGUCUUACAGGAGAGCAUCAAGCGUGUCAAGGACGGGCCUCCCUCCCUCACCACCAUCUGCUUCUAUGCCUUCUAUAACACAGAGCAGCUGCUGAACACGGCAGAAAUCUCUCCUGAUAGCAAGCUGCUUGCUGCUGGGUUUGACAGCUCCUGCAUCAAGCUGUGGAGCUUGCGGUCCACGAAACUGAAGUCAGAGCCCCACCAUGUAGACACCUCCCGCAUCCACCUGGCUUGUGACGCUCUGGAGGAGGAGGAGGACGAAGAUGACAGCGUGGGCACAGAGAUGAAGAUUCUGCGGGGCCAUUGUGGACCAGUGUACAGCACACGGUUCCUUGCAGACAGCUCUGGGUUGCUGUCUUGCUCUGAAGACAUGUCUAUUAGAUAUUGGGACCUCGGGAGUUUCACCAACACUGUGCUGUACCAAGGGCACGCCUACCCUGUGUGGGACCUGGACAUAAGUCCGUAUAGCCUCUACUUUGCCAGCGGCUCCCAUGACCGAACAGCCAGGCUGUGGUCCUUUGACCGGACGUAUCCCCUGAGGAUAUAUGCAGGGCACCUGGCAGAUGUGGACUGUGUCAAAUUUCACCCUAACUCAAACUACCUAGCCACUGGCUCAACUGACAAGACAGUCCGGCUGUGGAGUGCCCAGCAGGGGAACUCAGUUCGGCUCUUCACAGGGCACCGUGGCCCUGUGCUCUCCCUUGCCUUUUCUCCCAAUGGUAAGUACUUGGCCUCUGCAGGCGAGGACCAGCGGCUGAAGCUGUGGGACUUGGCCUCUGGGACUCUUUUUAAAGAAUUGAGAGGCCACACAGACAGCAUCACCAGCCUGGCCUUCAGCCCAGACAGCGGCCUGGUCGCCUCUGCCUCCAUGGACAACUCUGUACGUGUCUGGGACAUCAGGAACACAUGCUGCAGUGCGCCCGCUGAUGGCUCCUCCAGUGAGCUUGUGGGUGUGUACACAGGGCAAAUGAGCAACGUCCUGAGUGUGCAGUUCAUGGCCUGCAACCUACUGCUGGUGACUGGAAUCACACAGGAAAAUCAAGAACACUGAUAUUUUUUAUCUUGGCGGUUGUGGGCUGGUGAGGCUAGGAGACCUCUGGCCACAGUCAUGAGCAUACUGAGACUGAAUCCCUGAUUGUGGAAAAACCAACCCUUCCCUUCCUCCUGGAUACUCCCUGCUCAGCUCCGGCACACAGCCCAAGUGUCCCAGGAUGGUGGGGCAGGUGACAUCUAGACUCUGGGUGAGAACUAGAUGUCAGUUCUCAGAGAACGUGCCUACCCUCCUGUAUGCAGUGCUUUCUCUUCUCCCCAGUGGGUUGGGCUGGGCUGGGCUGGGCAGCCAGGGAGGUACUGGGGCAGCUGCAGAGGCUCCCAGGGGCAGUGGAGAGGGGUGUCCCUGCUUCCCUCAUGGAGGAAGUGGGGCAGCAGGUAGAAAAGGAAGGGAUAAUCUUGCAAAUUCUUUCCAUUUCCGUAAGAUAAGAGACCCAGGGUUUUUUGUUUUUUUUUUAUCAUUGUUGUUAUAAUUAUAGAGAAGAGGAAACCUGGCACUGGCAGAGAGGACUUUCUCUGAUUAUCUUUCAGGUUUGACUCCUGGCACUGGCAAUGAUACUUGGAAUUUCGAGGUUCAGGGAAUUCAGAUAAUUUGGUGGCACCGUGGAUUAGGAAAAUGGGAAGUCUUGGAUUCACUCCUGGUGAACCAGGAUGACACGUUUCCAGAAGUGGGUGGGUGAGUUGGAAUUGGGCAGCUGAAGUGGUGGUGGAAAAGACUUUACACAGCUGCACAUCUGUCAGUAAUUCUCCCCUGAAGAAAAGAAUUAUGAUGGGCAGGGGAUGUGGCUCAGUGGUACAGCGCUUGCCUAGCAUGCAUGAGCUCUGGUUCAUCCCUAACACCAAAAAGAGAUUAUGCUGAAGAGUGAUUUGGGAUUAAUCACAGGUAGCUUUAGGAAAUGUUUAGUUUCUAAAUGACUUUAUUCAGAAGUGUGGGGUCUUUUUUCCCCUAUGAUCAUUUGCCCCCACUCCACCCCACAGCACCUGUCUGAUGAAGAGGCUGGGGAUGAAUCAUGCACAUACAUGUGUCUCAGAUGCACUCUGAGGGCAAAGCAAGUUCCAAUGUGUGGGAAAAGGAUAUUUCUGUUUUCUGAAAGAGUUAUUUUGUAUUUUGUUUUCUAUUAAAAUGUAUUUAGUUUCCA